AUGGCGACCGUCGAAAAAACCAAACAGCAGCCCAAGAAGCUCCCCGUCCAGGACGAUCUAUCCGACGGCGAAGAUUACGAUAGUGCCGACGACUACACCGAUGAAUCCGAAGAAGAAGAAGUCCCCCAGGCCCAGACGAAAAAGCAAUCAAAGCAACUACAAAAACGGAAACAACCCAUUCAGCAAGAUGAUGACUCCGAAUACACGGAUGAAGAUGAAUACGAUGAUGAAUAUGACUACUCCGACUCGGGUGACGAAGCCAUGCAACCCUACUCCAAACAAAACUCAAGCUUCAAGCCCAACGGCGGCAUGGAUGUCCUCCACAAGGAAGAACCGAAUAUGCUGGAUCAAGAGGGCAUGAAGCUGAGGUUGGAACUCAACCUGGAGAUCGAAGUUGAAUUGAAGGCACGCAUUCACGGCGAUCUUACCUUGGCUCUCAUGUAA